CCGGCCGGGAAGGAAGCGGAAACCCCCAGCUGCGAGUCGCCCACAGCCUGGGGCGGGGCCGCCCCGCGCCAUCGCACCGCGACCGCGGAGAGGGCCCGGCCGCCGCCAUGGUGCAGCUCGGCAGCUGUCUCUUGAAGGGCUAUCGGGGCGGGCACGUCGUGAUCCGUUUCGCCCUCGGCGGCUGCACCAACCGGCCCUUCUUCCGCAUCGUGGCGGCGCACAGCAGGCGCGCCCGGGACGGGAAGUACCUGGAGCAGCUCGGCUGCCUCGACCCGCUGCCCAACGCCCGCGGCGAGAAGGUGGCGGGGCUCAACCUGGAACGGCUGCGCCACUGGCUGGGCUGCGGCGCGCAGCUCUCCCGGCCCGCCGAGAAGCUCCUGGGUCUGGCGGGGUUCCUGCCGCUCCACCCCAUGACGGUGACGGGUGCCGAGAGGUUACGGCGGCGGCGGCGAGCGCAGGAGGCCGCCGUGCCCCCCGUGGCAGGCGGCUUGCACCAGCCCGGCGAGACGCCCUGAGGGGCGCCCCGGCCCCAGGUGUGCCGUGUCCCAGGACAGCGGGGGCCGGGCCCGGGGUACAGCGCAUGAACCCCCCCCCCCCCCCCCGCACACACCUUGGCGCGUCUGACUGCAUUAAAGUGUCAUCCGUGCACGUGCUGUUCUCUCCAGA